UGACGUAUGUGCAUGCCGCCGGAAACACACUUUACUGGCAUCGACUGGCAAAUAGCAAAAACAAAGAGGGGUAGUAGUUGAAAAUAAUUAUCUAAUUCGUUAACUUAGCUCAUUUUCGCCCCAGGAUGGCCCUGGAAACGGUACCCAAAGACCUUCGUCAUUUACGAGCGUGUCUCUUGUGUUCUCUUGUUAAGACCAUUGAUCAGUUUGAAUAUGAUGGCUGCGACAACUGUGAAUCCUACCUCCAGAUGAAGGGAAAUAGGGAGAUGGUCUAUGAGUGCACAAGUUCUUCUUUUGACGGGGUCAUAGCAAUGAUGAGUCCGGAAGAUAGCUGGGUAGCCAAAUGGCAAAGAAUCAGCAACUUUAAGCCCGGAGUCUAUGCUGUAACAGUGACUGGACGGUUGCCUCCAGGCGUUGUGAGGGAACUGAAGAGCAGAGGAGUGAUCUACAAGUCAAGAGACACAGCUGUGAAGACAUAAGCACAGCACCACGCAUCACUCAAGAAGCCUUUCACCUGUCAGCAUAUCUCUGAAAUGCCAUUCCUGUAAAAACCACACAUUUUAGCACUGUUGUAAGGAUGAGUCAUUUGUCUUUUUUUUUUUUAAUUGAACAUGUGCAUAUUUUCAUGAUCAGGGUCAUCUAUGGAAUAGUCUUGUUUUUGUUUCAAGUAGUUUAUGUAUUUGUUAAAUACUAGGUAUUGAUUGAUAUGGAUAUUAGAGGACUAUUAUUAAUUGUGUUUGGGGAAUGAUAUACAUACUAUAAUGUGUGGUGUGUAAAAUGACCUUUUUUUUUUCUUUUUUCUUUUUUUUUUAGGAAAUUAAAUGGGGUUAUAUGUCUUAUUGGACAUGAACAUGCAUAAAUCCUCCUUUUCCCCCCCAGACUCCCCAGAACAAUGAGGCAGUUGACAUCUUAAUAAAGUGUAUGAAUUGCUUUUAUGAAAA